AUUUCUGAAUUACCUACCUACAAACUCUACAAAUUAUCGCUAAUCUUGGCGAAAUUGCGUCUUAUCAGCAGACCACACACUCAUUUUCAAUCAGUUCAUGAUCGAAAAACAGGACAGCGGUGUGCAAAAUGUGUAUCCAUGAGAGAUAUGGACUCUCGUCUUUUAGUUAUAUGAAGUGUAAAUAAUCAAGUUCAACUUGUGUCUAUAUGUUGUUUUGUUGUGAAAAUGGAUAGUAACAGUGAUAAUGUAGAUACAAAAGACGAUGGGAGUACACAGAAGAAGGAAUUGCCCGCGAAUUUACAGAAAAUCUGCCUCGUCUGUGGCGAUAGGGCGUUAGGUUACAAUUUCAAUGCCAUAUCUUGUGAGAGUUGUAAGGCCUUUUUCAGGCGAAAUGCUCUUACGAGUAAGGAAUUCAAGUGUCCGUUUACGAACAAUUGUGACAUAACGGUGGUAACACGGCGGUUUUGUCAAAAAUGUCGGCUAGAAAAGUGUUUUUCAAUAGGCAUGGUCAAAGAGUUUAUUAUGUCAGAGGAGGACAAAGCUGAAAAACGGAGAAAGAUAGAAGAGAACAGGGCUAGGAAACGUCAAUUCUGUGAUAAAGAGAGUGACAAUAAUGUGACAAGUUCGAAGAACUUUAAACGGGACGAUGAUACGCAGGUGGCGAGUGUGCCCCCAGUUCCAGAUUCGGUUAUUCAAUAUGACAGCACUACAUGUAGUCCUAGCAGUACUGUACAGUCAAUGUUGGAUGCGGAUAUGGACUCUUCAAUACAUUCCCCUCCUCUUUAUUAUGCGCCAAUACAAAAUACGGAAAUACCAUAUACAAUGAAAGUGUACCCGAUUGAUGAGAAAACUGUGAUGAGCAGGUCUCUGUAUGAACACAGAAUGAUGGAAACGUACCGGACGUAUGAUAUGGAUAGUAAUAUGUAUAUGGAAUCAGAAACGCCUAAACAAAAUAGUAUUAGAUCAAUACUCACUAACGGGAGCAACGUGUACAAUGACGGGAAGCAGCACAUCUGCGAAGAGAUCCCCUCCACCAGCACCAACCCAGACGUCAAUAAGGCCAGGGAUAUCCUGCAGGAUGUCGAGAGAAUAGAACCUAACUCCAUGGAGUCUAUACUCUGCGAAGCCAUCAAACUGGAGUUCGAAGCUUAUACUUCAGUCAACCCUUGCAGCGGCUCAUCGCGGGAACUUAAUGAGGUGGAGAGAGCCAAGUUGAACGAGUUGAUAGUUGCGAACAAGUCUUUACAUGCCCCGAUAGACGAUGACGUGUCACAACUCAUAGGCGACGCGGGAUCCCUCAAGGAGGGGGACGGCAAGCACGACCCGCGUCUGAUCAAAAUAGUCAAUUUGACCGCCAUCGCAAUAAGGAGGUUCAUAAAAAUGGCGAAGAAAAUCAACGCGUUCAAAAAUAUGUGCGAGGAAGAUCAGGUAGCGUUGCUAAAAGGAGGCUGCAUAGAAAUGAUGGUGUUGAGAAGUACAAUGACCUACGAUUGCCAGAGAAACCAGUGGAAGCUCCCUCACAGCCAAGAACAAUUCGGCAGCGUCCAAAUAGACAUUCUGAAACUAGCUAAAGGCAACAUUUACCAAACUGUUGAAGCUUUCUUCCGGUCCUUCCAUCCAAGAUGGCGGACCGAUGAGAAUGUCAUUCUGAUUAUGACAGCCAUUUUGCUGUUCACACCGGACAGGCCUAAGGUUGUUCAUAGAGAUGUUAUUAAACUGGAACAGAAUUCCUAUUACUACCUCCUACGACGUUACCUCGAAAGCGUAUACCCUGGAUGCGAAGCGAAAUCCACAUUCCUCAAACUAAUCCAGAAGAUUCUAGAACUUCGGAAGCUGGCUGAAGAAGUAACCGAUGUGUACCUAGACGUGAAUCCGAUUGAACCGCUUUUGAUGGAGAUUUUCGAUUUGAAACAUCACGCGGCUUGAGGUACGGUUAGUUAGUCUGAUGUUGUUGUUAAUUAGUUAGUAAUUGUAUAAAUAUAAGGUGAUUUUAAAAAAUUGUAUCCAAGUUAACAAUACAUUCAAUACAUGGGUCACGGCACCUUCUUUUGCCUAACAUUUGUAGUUAAUUUGUUGAUUGCAACUUCGUCUCCUUAAAAUAUGGUUUAUAUUGAACGUUUACGGCCAUAAACAUCAUUUCGCAUAAAGUUAUACGGAAAAAUUAUUAUGCCUAAAAAAUUUACCAGAAAAGAACAUUUUUCAUCUUGACCUUAUCAGGAACCGAGCCUGAAAUCUUUAGCUUUAGAGGCAAGAGUGUUAAUUACUUUGAAUGUUCAAUUGUUAUUUAUAGCUGUCAUUUUAACCAUAGUAGGUUAAGAAUUGAAAGUAAUACCCGGCCAAAUUAAAUUUACAAUGUAUCAAUGUAAGGCUCUCUAAGUAUAUACUUACUGCAUUUUUUCGCAGUAUAUUGUCAUUUUAAUUUCACAAAUCGUUUAAACUUUAACUAACUUUUGCCCGCGGCUGUGGUUAAGAAAACUUACUUCAUCGUUUGCGUUAAAAAAAAAAUCAGUUUAUAAUAUUUAACCGACUUAAAAAAAGAAGGAGGUUCUCAAUUCCACCGUUGUUUUUAUUAAUAAGUCUAUUAUAUGUAAGUAGAGUUCGGGUUUUAGUACGAUACAAAAUUGUUCUACUCGAGCGCAGCUGAGGGCAAAAUGUGUUUUUAUUUUGACAGCAAAUAACGUUAAUAAAUAUAUGUAGGUUUAUAUAGUACGGGAAUUAUCACACAGAUUUAGUUAGACUCAAAAUAAAUAAAAUAAAAUAAAAUGUAAAUUUGUACAGUGUUAAUUUUCUAUGACAUAGAUUUAUUUGUCACUAUAAUUUAUGUCUGGAAAAAAUAAAAUAAUCUGAACCCAAAAUGUUGAAUAUACGUUAUUCAAGUCAAAAGUUGAACCCACAUUGCCGCGGCCUACGCAUUUACAGUCAUCGAUAUUAAUUAAGUAUACGAGCCAAUAGGCUAUUUGACUGUUUUUUAGAAAUGGUUUAAAAUUAUUCUUUAUGACAUAAUAAACACACUAUAUUUAUAUUUCCGAGAAAUACGCAGUAUUUAUAAUAAAAAAUGAAUUAUAAAGGUUGAAAUUUAAAAAGCGCGCCAAAAACGCUCUCAUAGUAAUGGCGGACGCUGUGUGACGUCACACGCAAGCAAACUGAUGAUUUUGAUUAUAUUUCUCUCAAUUUAUCAAACAAAAUUGUUUAUAAAUGGUGUGUAGUACCACAAUGUACAAAUACUUCAAUAAAAAACUCCGCAAAAAAUGUUUGUGUCUGUUCCAACGAAUCCAAUAAGACGAAAGAAGUGGUUGCAGUUGGCUCGAAAAGAUCCAAAGAGUAUUUUAUCGCAUUCAAAUGUUUUUAUGUGUGAAGAUCAUUUUGAUGUAAGUAUGCUGGCAAUAUUUGAGUUAUAGCAAACAAUAAAACAAAUAAAACAUAACCUAUAAAAUAAAAUUCUGCGAAAUUUUUGCGUGAAAUGGCAUAAAGAUUUCUAAAUAAAUAAUUUCUUUAAAAUACUUACACAGCUGUUUUUACAUUCUUAAGUUCUGCACCAUAAUAAUCCGCGUUGUUUUUGAAGAAAAAUGCAACCAUAAAUGCAUCAAUCUCGGGUAGGUUUGUGUUGUCGGCACGCACAAAAACUUUUUGUCCAUUUUGAAUACAAACACCAGGAAUUUAGUUCACUGUCACGAAAUAGCUCAAUAUCUGGGAUAAAACAUUAAUAACACACAAACUACACAGGAGUUGACGUUUACUUGCGUGUGACGUCACCGGAGUUGUAACCAAUCAAAGAGCGUUUCGGUCUUUCAAAAGUAUUUAAAAAUUAUUGUAUUUUUUAAACGAUAAAUCGCCAAAAAUAUGCUUAUUUUAGUACAUGAAAGUAAAACACGUUCUGUUAUAUUAUUAUCUAAUAGGAUUACCACAAUUCGUAGCAUAUUUUCAAUAGUGUCAAAUAGCCUAUUGUGUAUAUACUAUACAUACAUAAAAUCACGCCUUUUUCUCGGAGGGGUAGGCAGAGACUACAUCUUUCCUCUUGCCACGAUCUCUGCAUACUUCAUUCGCUUCAUUCAGUUGUGUAUAUGAUAAUUAUAUCACUAAACCUUUUAUUUUAAACCACAAAAUCGCAAACAGAUAUACAACAGAGGUGAACGUUUCGGUCUUCUCGAGACUGUUGGCUCUGUCUACUCUAUAAGGGAUUAAGACGUGACAAUAUAUGUAUGUAUGUGAAGGUUAAUAUUGAGGCUCUGUUUACACCGCUAGGCAAGACGUGACAAUAUUUAUUAUUAUUAUUUUUAGCAAAUGUAAAUGUUUGAGCAAAUAUGAUAGCAUAUCAAUGAAAUGUUGUAUCACAUAGUUAUUUUUAAACUUAGUAUAAAUUAUAUUAAUGUAAAUGAAGUCUGAAAUGCUUAGUGCCAAAUGUAUAAUCACUACAUAGUAUAAAACAAUGUCGCUUUCUAUUUCCCUUUGUAUGCUUAAAUCUUGAAAACUACGCACCGGAUAGAAUGAUUCAAGAGGAAGGUUUAUAUGUAUAAUAACAUCCAUUAAAUAGUAGAGAAAUACUGUUAUUUUUGAGUUUUCUUUUGUGAUGUCGUUAAUUAUCAUAUUUUUUUCCGCUUACAUUGCAAACGCAGGCUGUACCCUACGAGAUUUAUCAAAAUAAUGUACUAAUUAUUUUUUACACAUUGGAAAAAUGUACAGAAAAUUUCGCGAUGGUAUAUGUCUAUCUUUCAUGGAUAUCCCACAAUAACAUUUUUUUUUUGUCAUUUACUUUUUACGACAAUCAGCAUUGCACCCGUGCGAAGCCGGGGCGGGUCGCUAGUUACAGUAUAAAAUACAUACACAAACAAAAUAAUAUAAUCAUCUUCUCCUAGGCCCGACAGACAGACAGACAGUCCCGGUUGCGUUCUCUGUCUAAAAAACAAGUUUAAGUUAACGUUACUGAAGAAAAUGCUGCAGUGCAGUUUGUUACCGCUUCUUAUGCACUGACUGUUCCAUUAUAUAACCCGCUAAUAUCUUUUAAGCCACGCUGCGUAUUUCGAUGCUAUUUUCACCAAGACCUAGUUAAUUUCUCAGGAAACUUUAAUUUAUAUAUGUAUAACAUAAGUUUUUAAUGGAUAGAAAAUUCAUCCGUCGCUAGAUAAAAAAUUAUAUAUCUUUAGCAAUAUUAAGGUUAAAUUGUUGUCAGUCAAUGUUACAAUUAAUGAAAUAAUAAAUUGUGUUAUAAUGUCAUUGUAAUUAAUAUUCUCCGGAAAUCAGGUUAGUGUGAAUCAUAAUGAUUUUAACAUCAUAUAAGACGCCAAACUAUAUUAUUAUGAAACCGUCCUAUUGAAUAAUUAUUAAGUACAAAUAUAAUAUUUGUUUCUUCAUUGAGUUCAAUGGCAUAAUAAUCUUUUCGCAUAACUCACUUCGGCAUAAUCAUUGUUUCACAUAAUGUUUUAACAUAUGAAAAAAGUAAUACGAAAAGAUUUUUAUGCCAUUAAAAUUUUUGGAAACUAUUAUCGACCCAUUGUUUAUAUAUUUUAUAGUAAGGUAAUCUAUUAUAUAUUUUUCACAUAAUGCAGUAAAAACAGUUUCAAUUACAAAGUUUCGCUUUGCAUUGCAUUAUUUUUAAUUAGUAAUUGUUUACAUACUUGCUUGUUAAGUCCGCAUAUCGUUUUUAUAAAGGUCCGUUCAUACAAGAGGCUGUCAUAAUGUAAAUAGUAUUUUAAUUGAUCACAUUACAAAUCGCCUCAGCAGUAUUCGCCGGCGCAGAAUAGUGCAACCUACCGCCGAAUCAAACCGAAUGAAACACAAUGAAAUAACGAUCAUAUUACAAGUACAUAAAACGUAAAAUCUAAAAACGAAAUUUCUCCUGCUGUCUCGCUCACAAAAGCGGACAGUUCUUUUCUCGGGUUCAAACGUCGCGCUCUGAUUGGCUCAAACGCUCGUAUAUUUUCGCGCCAUACUGAUAUUAGCGAUGUGUAAAAAAAGAAGUAAAACUGUAAAUAUAUAUUUUAAAUUUAUUACAAUACAAACAAGUAUGCAUUAUAAACCCUGUUAAACGAUUGUAUAUCGAUUUACUGUGAUUUUAACUGGUGUGAAACUAUCGUAACGUUAGUGAGCUGAGGCCUUUAGAUGUGUGAUUGCGUAAUUUAAUAUAUAUGAAAGGUUUUCUGUUUAAAUUGUUUGUAGUAUUUCAAAAACUCCCCAGGGAUGCCUUCAAAAACUAUCGGAAUCUACCAAAAAUUUUAACAACACCCGCGUUAUGGGUUUGUGUAACAUAUUUGUAGAUGACUUUUCGUUUCAUGUUAUCAAAUUAUUUUAAUGAAUCAAUAUUUGUGUACACCUGUAUCAAGCAAUUGGCAUUUGACUGAUGUUAGCAAGUUUAAUAGCGCUUAGUGUCAAGUCAGAAAAAUUAACGAUUUUGUAUAAUAUUUAGGGCCUAGUUUUAAUUAAAUUCUAUGUUAUGUGUAACAUUGCCUUUAUUUGCAUCACAUUCACAUUUGAAGUGAUCUCAACAUUUAAAUAUUAACGGUCAGUUUUUAUAUUUCUAUCAUUCAAUUAUUAUAUUUUUAAAAUAUAUCGUUAUAAAUAAGAGAAUUACUAUAUUUUUAUAAAAAAGUUUAAUUGACAUUUAUUGUAACUAUCAUUGGUGCAAUAAAUUAAUGUAUUUUAGUAAUACCAAAAUAUACUAUAUUAUAAUACGUUA